AGUUUAUUUUUAAUAAACGCCUUUGUAUUGGAGGUUCUGGCAAGGAGUACGCUAAGUGAGUGUGGUGGCGUGGGCAGCUGUCCCACGCUGUCCAAUAUAAGCCUGGGAGCCGUGGAGAUGGUGCAGGAGGGUGAGAGUGCAGGCGACGGGCUUAUCGCGCCACGCCGUAUUCAAAAUCCCGUCCUCGAAAAUCCUCUGCGAAUGGAUUUGCAUAGAGAGUUAAUGUUUAAUCAGAAAAUAGGCAAAAAUGUUCUCAAUCAAAAGAGCGAACUUCAAAAGGCGUUAUCAAAACACAAAGAGAAGCAGCUUAUGAAUCAAAUAAAGGACCACAAAGAAACACCAGAAUUAGAACGAGCAAUCGCAGAGCGAGCGAGGCGUCUCGAACAGGCAGAACAAAAUACGGAAGAAAUAGAGGCCGGCACGAAUCCCACGCUACAAGAGGUCCGCGCGCGCCUGCGACAUGCGGCGCCGACGCCAUCUCCCGCCGCCUCCGCGCACUAAAUUUUAUUCGCUGUUCCAAACUAAAAUCGCGAUUCAUAAUCAUAUACACGAUUCAAAAAACAUUUCUAUGAAAAUGAUUCUUGAAUAACGUUUGCAGUGACGAACUUUAUUUCGUAAUAAUUAUCGUCAAAAUAUUUCGAUUAUAGCGCCAUCUGACAUUUACAGUAAUACUUGAGACGCCAUAUUGUAUGCUUGUUCCUGUCAAUUUAUACAGAUGUCGCUAGCAUUACGAUAGGCAAAUAAAAACAAAUAUUAAUAAUAUCGCUUUACAUCGGUUUUGAAUCUGAUUUUGGAAAAAUAUUUAUACGAAUGACCGAAAAUGUAAGAAUAUACUUUGAUUGCAAAGAGUAUUUGUUUGAUUAAUUUAAUUAUUGUAUAGUUAGAUAGGCAUACGGUGUUUAUUGUUUGUCAUUGAAACUAAGUCACUAAAAGUGUCACAAAAAUAAACUUUUUUUAUAUAGAUAGUUCUAUUAUGUAGCGGUUAUGAAUUAAUAAUUAUUAUUAUAUAUUAUUUUCGGUUUGGUGUAUUCUAGAAAAAUCAAUUGAAGCGUAUUUAUCGUUUUAAAAGUAUUAGUUAUUGUGUUAAAUAUAUGAUUUCACGUACAUUGUUGUAGGUUUUGUGUUAAAAAUAAACCAUUGACUGAGGAAACGACUGCGUGAGCUGUAACAAUAAGGGUAAUGUCGUCUUCAACAAGAGAUAAUAUUUUUCUAAACUUUUUAUCGUCGCAAUACUAACAUUUCAUCGUCGUAAUCAUUUUAACGUUCACUAUUGUUAGGCACACUUAUGAUUCUGUAGAUUUUCAUCACUAUUUACCUAAGGUUAUAUCAUCAUUAUACAUUUUCACUAUUUUUAACAAUAAUAACUUAUAGCGAGUAGUUAGAUGUUGAUAACUACAUUAUGGCUUAGGCUUACCGUUAGAGUUUAUUAUAAAAUUGAUUAUAUCGUAUUAACUAAAGAAAGUAGAGAAUUCUUAUGAAAAUUAGUGAAAAUUAAAAUGUACACAGAAUUAUUCCCAUACCGAUUUUUAAAAUGUUAUCUUUCCCGUUUAUCAAAUAGGUGUCCAAUUAAUAAUUUAUAUCGAAGUGUUCAUGAAAGUGAUAGAAAUGAGAAAUAUUUUUGUAUUAUUAUGUAAUACCUAUAGAGCCUAUUUCUGUAAAACUUUCGAUACGUACGUAGUGAUUUUCACGAAAGCAAUAAGAGGUCGUUUGAAGUAGAGGCUGCAAUAUCUUUAAAAAGAUAAUUAUAUAUACGGAUUCGUUCCGAUUUUAGUUGAGUUUAAUUUGUAAUAUUAGGCAUCCUUAGCCUUUUCUGUUUUUGUAUUUCCAAAGAAGUGUCAAGUUUAGAAGAAUAUUUUUAACACCUCGAUUGCAGCAUCUUCUUCGAACAACUGGAAUAUAUCAAUAUUUUAUGAAUUUUUAAUAAAUAACAGAAUCUCUGAUACAUUUUAAAUCAUUUAUAUAGAAAACUUUCCAAUAAACUUCCCCCAUAGACGUUAAAUUUUUUUUUUUUUUUUUUAAAUAAAAUUCAACAACACAGGUAUUUUGGUCGAGUAAAUUAUUUCAACUCGAUGUCAAGAAAUAAUAAGUGUUCAAACCUUUCUCCCCAUUGUGCCUAUAAUCAGAAUGUUGUUUAUUUUUAGAAGAGUAUAUUGAGUUUUAAUUGAUUAUUUGCAGGAAGAUACCUCUCAAAAAAUCACUCGUUAUUUUAUCACUUCAUUCUUAAAAAUUGAGUUAUGUUUAUUAUAUUAGGAUGAUUUAUAUUAGGAUGACUUAGUACAAAGAUCGUCUUCAUAAUAUGAAGAGGUAGCUUCGGCUUGAAAGCUGUGUGUCGUGGCCAUUUUAAGUUUGAUAUUAUGUGACUAAUCUAGUGUUUAAGUGAUUUAAUUCUUCAUAAAGUUUACAAUUAAAAUGUAUCAAAGUUUGAUAAUUUACAUAGAAAUAAUAAAAGAGUUUUAGCA